UGUCAGUCCAGUCUGGGAGCCGAGCGCAGGAAGCCGGAUCCCCCCCCGAGCCCGGAAUAGCGAGUCCCAUCGGCUCCGCGCCCCCAGCAACCGGCUCCGCGCCCCCUCCGCCACCAUGGAGCUCUUCCAGGCCAAGGACCACUACAUCCUGCAGAGCGGGGACCGCGCCCUAUGGUGCAGCCGGCAGGACGGAGCCCUCAGCACCCGAACCGCGACAGACCUCCUUUUGGCGUGGAAUCCAAUCUGCCUGGGUCUAGUGGAGGGAAUUAUCGGCAAAGUUCAACUUCACACUGACCUCCCAUGGUGGCUUCUGCUCAUUCGACAGAAAUCUCUGAUUGGUAAACUGCCAGACGGACAUGAAAUUUAUAAAAUUACAAAGAUUGCGGUCUUACCCCUCUCCAGCACUGAGCCUGAGGAUCUGGAACUAGAGCUCUGCAGAAAGCAUCAUUUUGGGAUCAAUAGGCCAGAGAAAAUAACACAGUCUCCAGAUGACUCGAAGUUCCUCUUAAAGACCUUGAAUCAGAUCAAAUCUAACGUGUCUGCUCCAAACAAGAAAAAGGUUAAAGAAAGUAAAGAAAAGGAGAAGUUGGAGCGUCGGCUGUUAGAAGAGCUGUUCAAAAUGUUCAUGGACUCCGACUCUUUCUACUACAGCUCGACCUACGACCUCACCAACUCGGUCCAGAGGCAGAGUAUGGGGGACAAGGGGAAGAUACCACUGUGGCAGAGGGUGGACGACCGAUUCUUUUGGAACAAGCACAUGAUGGAGGAUCUCAUUAAACUUGAGGAUCCGCUCCGGAGUUUCUGGAUCCUGCCAAUCAUUCAGGGGUUUGUGCAGAUUGAAGAACUGAUGGUGAAUUAUAAUGAGUCCUCCGAUGAUGAGAAGAGCAGUCCAGAGACGCCCCUUCAGGAGCCAACAUGUGUUGAUGAUGUUCACCCUCGGUUCUUGGUGGCUGUCAUAUCGCGAAGGAGCAGGCAUCGAGCUGGGAUGAGGUACAAGCGGAGAGGUGUGGACAAAACUGGACAAGUUGCAAACUAUGUGGAGACGGAGCAGUUAAUCCACGUCCACAAUCACUCGCUGUCCUUUGUCCAGACCCGAGGUUCUGUACCGGUAUUCUGGAGUCAGGCAGGGUAUAGGUACAACCCCAGGCCACGGCUAGAUAAAGGUGAGAAAGAAACCAGCCAGUAUUUCUGUCUACAUUUUAACCAAGAGCUCGACAUCUACAAGAAGCAGGUUCUUAUAAACUUGGUGGACCAAGUAGGCAGAGAGAAGAUCAUCGGCGAUGCCUAUCUCAAACAAGUUCUCAUGUUUAACAAUCCCAACCUUACAUAUGUCACCUUCGACUUUCACGAACACUGCCGAGGGAUGAAGUUUGAGAAUGUUCAGACUCUGACUGAUGCGAUUAGCGAUAUCAUCUUGGAUAUGAAGUGGGGCUGGGUGGACCAGGCCGGGGUGAUCUGCAAACAAGAAGGGAUAUUCAGAGUAAACUGCAUGGAUUGCCUCGAUCGUACCAACGUUGUACAAGCCGCCAUUGCACGCGUGGUGAUGGAGCUUCAGCUCAAGAAAUUAGGUGUGAUGCCCCCAGAGCAACCGCUCCCGAUGAAAUGUUACCGUCUGUACCAGAUCAUGUGGGCAAACAACGGCGACGCAAUCAGCAGGCAGUACGCGGGAACGGCUGCACUCAAGGGAGAUUUUACUCGUACCGGUGAAAGGAAGCUGGCCGGCGUGAUGAAGGACGGAGUGAACUCUGCAAACCGAUAUUAUCUGAACCGAUUUAAAGAUGCGUACCGCCAAGCAGUGAUAGAUUUGAUGCAGGGAAUUCCUGUGACAGAAGAUCUAUACUCCAUCUUCACCAAAGAGAAGGAACACGAAGCCCUUCACCGACAGAGCCAGAGGAACCACCAGGAGCUGAUCAGUCAGCUGCUCCAGAACUAUAUGGAGAUGCUGCUCCCAGACACAGAGAAAUUCCAUGGAGGCUGGGCCCUGAUAGACUGUGACCCCAGCCUUAUCGAUGCCACUCACAAGGAUGUCGAUGUCCUCCUGCUGCUUUCCAACUGUGCCUAUUAUGUUGCCUAUUAUGAUGAUGAGGUCGAUAAAGUGAAUCAGUAUCAGCGAUUGAGCUUGGACGACUUGGAAAAGAUUGAAAUUGGACCUGAACCAACAUUUUUCGGAAAGCCUAAAUUCUCUUGCAUGAGGUUGCACUAUAAAUACAAAGAGAAUCCUGGCUACUUCCAUACACUGAGAGCGGUGACACGCAGCCUGGAGGAAGAUGGGAAAGAUACACUGCUCUGCAUAGCGGAGAUGCUACGCAUCACUAAACAGGCCAGUGGGUCGGACGUGCCCAUCAUCGAGAAGAAGCUGGAAAGGAAAAGUAGCAAACCUCAUGAGGACAUUAUGGGCAUUCGUUCCAAAAGCCAGAGAUUGGGAAUCAACAGUGUGGGCCCAGGUCUAGCUCAGGGUAAAAACUACCUGAUGAGUAAAUUCUCCUCUCUUAACCAGAAAGUCAAACAGACCAAUAUUGGAACCUUACGGAAGCUUGGUACAUUCAACAGGACAGACGUGAAGGGCUUCCUAAAACCAAACCUGCAAGUAAAUGUUUGGAAAUCUGACAGUAGCCUGGAAAAUACUGGGUCGGAGGUGAAGGGUCACAUCGAAUCCGACUUAGAUAAUUCGUCAGACAAUGACUCUUUCCAUUCCGAUGACUUUCUUCCCAAAUCUGAUGAUGAAGGACAUUUAACAGGUUCUCUAGAGAACAUUGGCCAGAGUGAUUAUGUCCUACCAAGCUGUGGGAUCAUUGCCUCUGUGCCUCGUUUAGGAAGCCGCUCACAGUCUGUCAGCAGCGCUGAGCUCAAUCUCCACAUCUCUACAGAGAUUCAUGUUACCCAGUGCAAUGAACCUGAGAGCAGAGAGGCCUCACCAGAAGACCAAGUCCUAAUAGACUUUGGAACCCCGAUCGAUGCCUACUGCCACCAGUUUGUCCAUGAUGCACGGACCAAACAGAACAUCAAUGAGACAGUUAAUAAGGAGGAGAAAAUGGACCAAGGACAAUCAAGCAAUCACUCUAAAAUUCCAUCCAGUACAGCAGAAACAGAACAAUUUUUCCGGCCAUCACAGCUUGAUGUAGACGUCAGCAACACUAGUUCCCUAUUACCUGUGGAGUCAUCUCUGUCAGCUCGAGUGACACCUGGGUCGGGCUCCGCUUCUGCAGCUUCUCCAGCAGACAGCAGCAGCAGUCGAGCCGUGUCUCCUUUUGCCAAGAUACGAAGUUCUGUGGCCCAGGUGGCCAACAUCACCCAGGCUGGUCUGACUCAAGGCAUCAAUUUUGCUGUGGCAAAAGUACAAAAGAGUCCAGAACCUGAAUCUGUCCCUGCACCCCAGAAGAAUGACAUGAAGGAGAUGUUUACACAGUGUCAGACACGGAUAAUACAGAUAUGACUGUACUUACAUGUUUGAGAAUGUGUUAAUUACGCAAAAUAUAUCAAAUUCCGGUUCUUUUUGGGGCCCUACCAUGCUAGAGGUAUUUGCAAUCACUUCCUAUUCAAGACCAAUGACCACAGUGGGGAAGCCAGCCUGAGCAUCACUGCGGCAGUCCUUCUCUUGAUGGUCAGGUUGCCUUUACACAGAAAAUAUAACCAGAACGUAGUCUGCUGUUCAUUCAAAGGGACAUCCAGGCCCUUACAUGUGAUGCUCAUUGGACUGAAUGAACCUUAACUGCCGUCCAUGCACUGGGAUCAAGCGAACACAUCAUGUUUACAAUUGUUUUUGUCCACUUGUUCGUGAUUUCUAAAUGUGGUACGUGGCAUCUGUUGGUGGUCAGUCGUGCACAGUAAGUGAGGCAGCAACGCUUUCAUUUUUAAGGAAAUGGGAACGUUUUUGUUUUAUGGUUUUGUUCCUGUUCUUGUUUUUACCAGGGCGAGCAGUUAGAUUUUAGUAUUAUUUAUUUUUAAGAUCUUUUUAUAUAUCUAUAAAUAUUCUCACACAUGGAAUAUAAAAUCUGAAUAUUCCUUUAAAAUAAGCGCCUGAACGUAACCAUUUGGCAUCGGUAAGUCAUGAUAAAUUACUGCUCGUUACAUAUGUUUUGCACAUUUCUUUGCACCUGGCCUUACAUUUUUUAUUUUUUUUAGAAUACAUUUUGCUGGGCAGUGUCUUAGAAACCUCAGGCACACAAAGCAUUAACCAUGCCUCCAUUUUUUGCAGCUCCUUAUUUCAAACCCGUUUUAAACACUGGCAAGUCUUGUGUGUUGUUGGGGUUCAGUGGCGCUUGGCAGAGCUGUUUUGGGGGUGCAGUCUGAGAGGGUUCAGCUGGGACCCUGCCUUUCACGUCUCUGUACUAGAGGACAAUUUGUAUUCACAGCACACUGGGAUCCAUAUGAUUAAUAUUGUAGAGCGCUUUCAAUGACUAAAUGGAAGUUCUAUUAUAAUAGAAGAGUUUUAAAGGAAAUAAUAUAUAUAUAUGUGUGUGUGUAUGUAUAGAUAUAACCUGUAGACUAUUCCCAGGCGAUUGGAUGCUGUGGUAAUGUGGUUUGUACACUGGCAGUAUUUAAACCAAUCUCUGCCCCUUGUGGUACUUAGUGCUCUGUGUUCCAUGCUGUAUAUUUAUUUUUUAUUUUAUUUUUAAUUAUUUCUUACAUCACAGAUGUGUCUUUCCCUUAUUUGUAGUACCUGACCAGAAAAUGUGGCUGUAUGUUAAACAAGUUAAAUUAUUUUAAUAA